CAGCCCACGAAUAGGAUUGGGAAGGUGUGGAUCCGGCUGCCGAACGGAACCAGCUUCGCAAGCAGAGUCGGAACUGAACACGAGAGUUGGGAGGAGUUGAUGAUUUCACGAACCCUAACAGUCACAUCUCCCUCUAUUCGCUGGGCAGCGCAUUGGAUCGACGAUUAGAGGUCGACCGCGCGAGCACGCCGCCGCCUAUAGUCGCUCGCCGCCGCUUGGAAUCGCCUCGCCGUCACGUGGAGGAGUCGCCCUCGCCCCUGCGAGUCGCCUCUUCCGCCGCAGCCGGUAGCCAGCAAGGUCGCUUCCUAACGAACCCCCUCCGGUCCUCCUGUGCUUGCUGCUGCCUUUCCCCUUCUCUCAUCUGGUCCUCCCUUGCCGCUACGUGCUUGCUGGGUACUGGGCUGCUCACGGCUUGAUGCUCCUGCUUUGCUUCGAUGCUAAAAAAAUUCUGUCUUUAUUACAUCUGCGUACUGUUCAUGUUUAUGUAUGUGAAGGUGUACUAGUUUAUCUGUUUUUCUCAUGCAGAUCCAACGUGCGAAAGCACAUAACUGACUGGAGAGUAUGGAACAGCAGCAAAGUAGUCUUCCAGUAUCUGAAGACAUUGUCUUCAAAUGUGGCGACAUUCCAGCUAAAGAGAGGCCUGCAGUGGAGCCAUUUGACCCAUCUAAAGUUGACCCAUGCAAAGGACAACCAUCUGGUGGUGGUGACAAAGAACCAAAGUCAUCUGGGCAAUCUGAUGGUAAUGAUCAAGAAGCAAAGACAUCUGGACCAUCUGAUGGUUAUGGUUGUGAUGACAUCCCGGGGAAUAAUCAUGAUGGUGAAAAAGACAACGAGAAUGAUCAUGAUAGCAACCCCGUACCAAGUUAAACUUGUUCUCAUUGGCCCGAGCCGUGCUAUGUCAGCUUAUGCGGAUGGCUGGCUCAUCGAAGUUGAUGUGCCGCCAGAAUCCUCUUUGCUGCCUGAAAACCACGCAACAAAGAAAAUAGCUGGUGGAGUAUUCAAAAUGUCAUUAGAUCUGGAUGAUGACUUCCUCGACAAACCUAGGACUAGUAUCAUCUUCGCCAGAGGGGGAUUUGUGCAUUUCACCUAUGUGGUUUUCAAUAAUGCAGUCAAAGCUUCAGUUACAUUUAUGCUCCAUGCUCGUUGCCAAGAUAAUCUCCAAUUUGUUUGUCACUGUAAAGUGCAGGGUGAGCUGACAUUACAUGUUGGAAACCUUCCCAUCGGAUGCACUGUUUUCAUAAAUCAAGUUGAGGAUGAAGCCGUGUAUUUCAUGCCAUGCGAGAGUUUCAGAGAGAAUUGUCUAGGAUUAAAGCUUCCCUUAACCCGGAAUGUUCUUGCUUUACCUAUUGGAUCUCUUGUCUGUGCUAAGGGUACUUUGAUGGUGGGGAAUGAUAUGUCAAUGGUUGUAGAUCAGUCUUUUGUGCUCGAAGGAUAUACUUCCCAGACUCAGUGGCAGGUGGAUCAGUCUUUCGAUGCUACUAUAUGCAUCGUGUCAAGUUCUCUCUUCAUGGAGUGGUAACUAUAUGUUCUGUAGUAGUAGAUCGGAGUUCGUUAAUCACUCCCCCCCCCCCCCCCCCCCCCCCACACACACACACCCCACUCUCUGUCUAAGUAUUGUUGGAAUAUUCUUUAUUUUGCUUUUGAUAUUAACAUGUACCCUGUUACGUGGGAUAAUGUCUAUUCCUACUAUGGUUGUGUUUGCUUGAGCUGUAGAUUCUGAAAAAGCUGAUGUGA